AUGGAGCCGGUCGAGAGGUUCCAGCUGGACGCGCUCGCCUACCUGCAGUGCGCCCUGGGCCUCCUGGGCUCCGUGGUGCUCAGGCGGAUGGACUCGGCCUACGGGCGCUACGCGUCGCCGGGCCCCGCCUUUCGGGUGCCCGCGCGGGCCGCCUGGGCGCUGCAGGAGCUGCCCUCGCUGGCUGUGCCGCUGGGCGUGUGCGCCGGCACGGCGGCGGAGCGCCUCCGCCGCGCGCCCAACCGCAUCCUCCUGGCCAUGUUCCUCGUCCACUACGCGCAACGGUCCUUGAUUUUCCCAUUUCUGAUCCGAGGAGGAAAGCCCAUGCCCUUGUAUACAUUUGUAUUGGCAUUCAUGUUCUGUAUCUAUAAUGGCUACUUGCAAAGCAGAUACUUGAGCCAGUAUGCUGUGUAUGCCGACGACUGGGUCACGGAUCCCCGAUUUCUAGUAGGUUUCUGCUUGUGGUUAAUAGGCAUGCUGAUAAACAUCCAUUCAGACCAUAUCCUGAGGAAUCUCCGGAAACCAGGGGAGACUGGAUAUAAGAUACCAAGGGGAGGCUUGUUUGAAUACGUGACGGCAGCCAACUACUUCGGGGAGGUGGUUGAGUGGUGCGGCUACAGCCUGGCCGGCUGGUCCCUCCAAGGCGGGGCCUUCGCCCUCUUCACCUUCUGCAUCUUAUUCACCCGGGCCCAGCAGCAUCACCAGUGGUACCUUGAAAAAUUUGAAGAUUAUCCAAAGUUCAGAAAAAUUAUAAUCCCAUUUUUGUUUUAAGUCCAUUGUCAAUGGAAUCAUCUUGGACUUGAAGCAUUUCAUGAUUAUAUAAAUGAAUUAUGUCUCUGCCAUUUUCCUGCUACUUCAUCUUUUUCAAGAUUUGCUGUAGGAAUUUUUUCCUAUGAAUUUGUAAGCUACCUAAUAGCAAACUAAUCAGACUGAAAUGCAGGUUGACGGAUUGGGCUGCAUACUGGGUCAAGAAUCGGGAACUCUGGGUCAUUCCAGCUGACCGUUUCUCUGCUUUUGGAGUCUCCUGUUUUGACUACGUACAGCUAAGUGUGCACAAGACCAGAAUGACAAGCCAUCUCUGGUGGCCUCUGUGGGCUGAAACACAUCCCUGCCCCUCACAACCCAUUCCAGCCAUCAGUCCAAGGCCAAAGGCCAUGUUCCUCCCUCCCCUGAUAAAGGCAGAACCGCCUCUCUGGUUCCUUUCAUCCUGCUGGGUCAGAGGCCAGGGGCACCCACAGCGUGGCCACAGCCCCAGGGGAAUGCCUGGGCUCUCACUGUGGGUGUUGUGGGGCAGAGACCUUG